AACAAAUUUUCAGGACAAAAUGGCUUUGUUACGAAUCUAAUUCUAAAUUCAGGUAAACUUUUGACCUGUACGGGGAUAAGUGGCCCCGAUCUUGUGCAGAGGGGCAAGUAAGCCGUUGUCUUCGUCCCCGUUCACGCGUCACUCACUCACGCGUCUCGUCAUGGUCAUUACGGGACCGGUUCUGUCACGACGAAUCGUGCGUGUAUGACGAUAUAAAUGCAAAUGCCUGUACAUUGAAUGUGAUGUGAGACCCUUAUCUGUGGUGCCUCUGCAUCCGAGAACGGAGUGUCAGGUCAAUGUCCUGUACAAUAAUGACCACCUCAACCUUGGAGAAUCAAGUGCAGGAGAUCCUCAAUGAUGCUUUGAGAACCACAUCAAUUGAAGAAGCUUUCUGUGGUUUUAUCCUGCAUUCCCCGGAGGAUGACCGGAAUAAAGUCCUUUGCUGCAUUGAUUCCUUCAAUCGCUUCUGGAAGUCCCUGCCCUCGGAAUCGCACGAGCAUGUCUUGGAGUCUUACGUCGCCUACCUUCACCGUCAGAAGUCUUACCAGAGGAUUAAGCUUCUGUGCGACAUGCUGCUGAUGGCAGCAGAGAAGGUUGGCAUCCCAGCCAGAUCUCUCUGCGAGGCUCUCUUAUCCUCCCCGAGUCUGGACUACAAGUCCUCGGAGCUGUGGUGUAAGACGUUUCAGAUGGUGGACAGAAUCAUCGGCAACGUAGACUACAAGGGAUGUCGGGACCUUCUCAAGGUCAUCUUGGAGAAGAUUGAGCUCAUCCCGAUCUCUGUCAACGUCUCGGCCAGCAAGCAGCUGGAUGCAGCGGUCAGAGUCCUGGCCAAGAUCCUAGACAGGAAUACCUGUCUUCUCCCCAGCUACUUCGCAGUCAAUGAACUCAAGAAACUGUUCCCAGACGACAAGCCAAACACUCACUGGGCGGUCGGAGAGCUAGUGACCAACUUCAUUGAUACAUUCCGGCCUACUGCCCGCAUGGUGUCCAUCACGGGCCGGCCCAGCCUGCUUCCCGUCGUUGGUCACUUCAACGCCACUCACAACUCCUGGAAGCUGGACCCCGUCACGCUCAUGUUUCCCUUGAAGGGAUUGCUGCCCUAUGACAAGGAGCAGACACAGCGACAGACCAACUUGCUGCGCUACGUCCUUGAGCAGCCUUAUUCGCGGGACAUGGUGCGAACCAUACUAGGACUCAACAUUCAGUUCAAGCAAAAGCAGCGAUGUCUGGUCCUGGAGGAGAUGCUGGUGGACCUGGUGUCCGUCGCCAUGGAGCGCACAGAGCAGACGGAGGGGACCAUCGAGCUGGGCAGCCCCACGGACGCGCUGUGGCAACACCUGUCCAGCCAGCUCAUCUUCUUUGUGCUCUUCAACUUUGCCAGCUUCCCCCACAUGGUCAUGUCACUCAACAAAAAGCUGAGCAAUCGCAGCCUUACCAAGGGACGAGACCAUCUGAGUUGGGUCUUGCUUCAGUACAUCUCGGGUAGCAUCAAGAAGAAUCCGCUCAGCGACUUUUUCCCCAUCUUGAAGCUGUUUGACAUCUUCUUCCCUGAGAAAGAGCCUCUGCCCGUACCAGACGUCAGCCACCCCCAGUGCACCCACCGACUGGCCAUGGCCUGCAUCUGGAUCCAUCUGAGCCGCAAGGCACAGAGUGACAAGGUCUCUCUGCAGAGGCCUGCCCCGCCCUCACUCAAGCUGCACCUGGAAUUUUUGCAACAGAGCUACAACUGUUCCAAUCUUCCUUUGACAGACUACAGGAUAGCUAUGCUGUGCAACGCAUACAGCACGAGCACCGACAUGUUCUCCUGGCCAAUGGGCGUCUUGGUCGACAGCAUCUACAGCUCUGGCCAGACGACCGUCCCCAUGCCUGGCCCCAACAUUUGCGUGGCGUCUGGUCCUACCACUCCCCUUUCUAUGAGUCUGCUGGAUUCGCUCACUGUCCACGCCAAAAUGAGUUUAAUACAUCACAUAGUUGGCAAGAACAUCAUCCCUGCCAUUCACCACAAGCAGUCGUCCAUUGCUCUGUCGCCAGCUCUGAUUGAGACUUACAGUCGUUUGCUGGUCUACAUGGAGAUUGAGUCACUAGGAAUCAAGGGAUUUAUCACCAAGGUCCUGCCGACGGUGUGCGAGGCCAGCGCCUGGGGUAUGCUCCACACUCUCCUGGAGUUGUUUAGCUUCAGACUCCAGCACAUCCAGCCCCAGUACAUUGUACAGCUGCUCUGUAACCUCCACUCUCUCAGCAAGAUCCCGCUGGCCAAUCAGAAUCAGCUUUACCAAUGCAUUGAGAGUACAGCCUUGCGCAUCAUCACUGGCUUGGGUAGUGCCGACGUCCAACCUCAACUGUCCCGCUUCCUAAACGAGCCCAACAACCUAUUGUCUGCUGACUCAGAGGAGCUGAACCGAGCGCUGGUGCUCACGUUAGCAAGGGCCAUGCAUGUCACCGGAUCAGAGACGUUGUCCGGUUCCUGGUGUAAGGAUAUUCUUGCCACCCUGUUUGCCAACACCCCUCACAACUGGGCUUCACACACCCUCAAGUGCUUCCCCACCGCCCUGCAGGAGUUCUUCGAGGCAAACCCUGCCCCUCAGGAGGACCGCUCCCUGCUCAAGAAGAUUGUAGAGGAAGAGCAUCGCAAGUGGAAAGCCAUGACCAACGAAGCUGAGAUCCUGAAUCGGUUUGCGGUGCAGGGUACCCAGCCCGGAGGGUCGACCCGUGGACCUAGCCAAGGCAAUCAACAUCUGUUUCUGUGCUUGAUCUGGAAGAUGCUUCUGGAGAAUGAGCCUAACCACAUCAAUCCCGUCGCUGUUAAGGUCAUCGAGCGCAUUGGCCCGAGGGCGCUUUCCAGCCACAUCCGGACCUUCGCAGAUUUCCUGGUGUUUGAGUUCUCAACCUCAGCUGGCGGCCAACACGUCAACAAGUGUGUUGAGACAUUGAAUGACAUGGUGUGGAAGCUCAACAUUGUCAGCUUGGACAGACUCAUACUUAACUUGGCACUUCGUAACCACGAGGGAAGCGAGGCUCAGGUUUGUUUCUUCAUCAUUCAGCUGCUCCUCCUUAAACCUGUCGAGUUCCGUAACCGCGUUAAUGACUUCAUCAAGGAGAACUCGCCGGAGCACUGGCUGCAGUCGGACUGGCACACCAAGCACAUGAAUUACCACAGGAAGUAUCCCGAGAUGUAUUACUACGAAGGCAUGCUGGAACUCACUGGUGCGACCAUGAGCUCCCCUUGCCAGAAUCUACCAGUCUACUUCAGCAAUGUAUGCCUUCGUUUUAUACCGGUGUUUGACAUCCUCAUCCAUCGUUUCCUCGAGCUGCCUCCCUCUUCCAAAUCCUUGGAGGUUCUCCUAGAUCACCUGGGAGGACUCUACAAAUUCCAUGAUCAUCCUGUCACGUACCUUUUCAACACGCUCCACUACUACGAGAAGAAGUUGCGAGACCGCCCUCUGUUGAAGCGCAAACUCGUUGGCGCGAUCAUCUUGGCCCAGAAGUCAGUCAAGCCAGCUGGAUGGUGCUUGACUCCUCAGUACCUGGAGUACAUCAAUAAACCAGGUGAAGAAGUGACAUGGGAACCCGACCAUGAUUACUACUGCAAGCUGAUUGGCCGAUUGGUGGACACUGUCUCUGGCAAGACCCAGCCCUUGUUCCAGAACAUGGACUGGCGCUUCAACGAGUUCCCCAACCUGGCGGCCCAUGCCCUUCACGUGACCUGCGUGGAACUGAUGGCGUUACCCGGUCAAGGGAAGCAAGUCGGGAAUGCCCUGCUAGAAGUCAUCUUCAAGAACCCUUCUAGUGUCCCCAGAGAUGAUGUCAUGGCUUGGAUUAACACCAUUGCUCUGGUAUUGACCUCUCUACCUUCUUGCUAUUGUGACGUGAUUCAAGACCGCAUUGUGGAAGUUCUCAGCAGCGACCUGCUGCUCAGCAAGAGUGUCACGCCGGGCGCCGGCAUUCUGAACAUUGCCUUUGCCGUCUUUGACUUCCGCGGCACCCACUCGUCGCACACCGAAAUGAUAUGUGCCUACGUGCUGGCCAUGACGCACGCAGUCUGGCACCAUUCCAACAUCGGGCAGCUGACACCAUUGCAACAGUUUAUUCGGGAUCAGGUCAAACCAAUAGUGAAAACUGAAGAGCAGUAUUUGUUUGUUUGUCACUUGGUGGGCCCUUUCCUCCAGAGAUUUCACGAGGAGCGGACACGACUGCUGUUUGAGAUUACCAAGAAUCUGUAUGACAUGCUACUGGUGGUGGAUCAGCAUUGUAACCAGAUCAUACACAUGGAUGUCAUCUGCGACUUCCUCUACCACAUCAAGUACAUGUUUGCCGGCGACGGUAUCAAGGCAGACACUGACCGCGUCAUCAAGAGUUUACGACCGGCGUGGCAACUGAGGCUGCGCUUCAUCAGCCGUGGGGUGGACCCCUCCGCGGUGCCUCAAGUGGCCAACUAAAGCCAGUGGCUGAUUGCCAAGUGGGAAAGAACGUGAACAGGACCAGCAAGCUAAACAAUGGAUGUUCAGCAGAAAUUGAAGCGCUGCAUGUAUUUGCUUUGCACUCACUGAUGGGGGCACCCUAUCACUCGCUCGGUUCGUCUGCUAGCGAGUUAUCGCGGUCACGGUGGUCAAUCUCUUGUCCUUUUUACGAGGAAAUCAAGGCUAGCGCGACCACGACUGACUUUGGCUUUUUUUCCUAUUACUCGGGAUGUGAAAUUGUGCAUGACAAGUGCCAUUUCACGCCAUGUACUAGCAGUUUCUAAGAUUCAUAUUAUGAAGACAUUUUAACAGAAUUUAUGCUGUUGAAGAACAGGUGACAGAUCUCAGAAGCAGUAGGUCUAACACAUCAGAAAUAAUUUGUACCAGAGCACAUAUUUUUCAUUACAUCAUUAUAAAUUUAUUUUCCCUCAACCUAGAAGCACAAUUUUCAGGUGAACAAAAGGAAAAAAUAAAGCUUUAAACUGAUGUCCCUUUUUUCUUUUUGUUUAAUGGAAUACAUGUGGAAUUAGCUCAAAAUCUUUCAAAAAUAUAUGUUAUGGCAACAUUUCAUUGACAAUGAUUAUCGGUAAGCUUAUGGAAGUAAAACCUGUUUCAUUUUAUUUAAAUACCUUGCUUGUCAACUUAAAUGUAGUGGAUAAAAUAAAAAUUUCUUGCUACUUAA